CGCAGCGCACGAGCCUCAAUGCCGAGGUGUCAGGGCCGGAGAUGCGCAUUCGGACCCGAGCCUGACCUCCAGGGCGCGUGCGCUUUAUUCUUCACACCAAGCAGGACCUGAUGAUGAUGAUGAUGAUGAUGAUGAUGAUGAUGCAAGCGGGUGGAUUUUUUUUUGGCUGGAGGAUCAGAGAUGCGUGUGUGUGAGAGUGUGUGUGCGUGUGUGUGUGAGAGUGUGUGUGUGUGUGUGUGAGAGUGUGCGUGUGCGCGCACUACAGUGAGUGAGUGACUGAUGGACCUGGGCGGAUCAUGCAUGCAGGGAAUCAGAUCACUCAGUAGAUCUGCUGUUCUUCUCCCCAGACGCGCUGCAGAGUGAAGCUCAGGGUGGGAUUAGUGGAUUGAUGGAUUGAUUUAUGGAAUGAUGGAUUGAUGGAGUUCUGGAUUGAUAUCUCAGCUCCUUCCUGAGCUCCUCCACCCGGCCUGGUCUUUCUCAGCUGAUGGUUCUGGUUCCGUCUGGUUGUGCAUGCAGGAGUGUGUGUCCGUGUGAAGCUGUGGGUUCUGCUGGAGGAGAUCCUCACCCUGCUGAUGCUGGACUCGGAUGCUCCUCAUGCAGGGUGUGGAGGGUUUUUUCCGUGUAUUAAUGCGACAUGCGUUUUCUCCUGAGAGCAUCAUCUCCAUCUCCACCUCCCUCUCUCUCAGCAUCCUCUUCAUCUCCCACACCGCAGGUCUGACUCUCUCUCUCUCUCUCUCUCUCUCUCUCUCAAACUCGUCAUUUUCUCCUCUUUCCUCCUUUCCCCUCUCAUUCUUUAUUUCUCACCUCUGGGUUGCCAGAUUGGGUGAAAUCUCCCUCCUUUUUGGCGCAUCAUUAAUUCGCCGGGCUUUGCGUGUGCUGCUGACCCUGUGGUUGAUGUUGUGCUGCAGAUCGGGGUGUGAUGGUCGGUGACUCUGGAGAAACCCAGCCCGGUGCGCGCGUUCUGCUGUCUGUAAGAUGGCCGACUCCAGAGGGGGCUUUAUCUUUUAUUUCUGAUUUUUUCCCCACUGUGGUAAAGACAGCGCUCCUCCAUCCCGAAAUAUCUCUAUAAGUACACAUUACUGUGUAUCUGUGGAUGUGUUGUUGUUGUUGUUGUUGUUGUUGUUGUUUCCGCCUGAUGCCAUAAACAGCGGGUUUUGCGCCGCGCGCGCCGGGAAGAUGGCGGCUUAUUAAACUUUAAUGUUUAUGCGCUCGAGCCCAAAGAGGAGAGAAGAAAGGAUAAAGAGAAGAGGAGGAAGAGGAGGAUAAUGGAGGACGGAUGCUAAGGCCGAGAGAGGGAGGAUACAGGAGAAAGCUUGCCUAACCUGAGAAGGAAACUGAGUUGCUAAGCCUACCCACUCCUUCUGGCCCUGCUCCGAUCCCCACCCAUUACCAUGGCAGUGUCACUGUGGUUAUUGUGGAUGUGUGCUGUCUCGCUGAGUAACAUCGCCCCCUCGGAACAAGCUCUGAGCAGAGCGGCGAUGCCCUUCGGUCUGAUGAGGAGAGAGCUGGCGUGUGAAGGUUACCCUAUUGAGCUGCGCUGCCCAGGAAGUGAUGUCAUCAUGAUUGAGACGGCCAACUACGGCCGCACAGAUGACAAGAUUUGUGACGCUGAUCCAUUUCAAAUGGAGAAUGUGCAGUGUUACCAACCAGACGCCUUCAAGAUUAUGUCUCACAGGUGUAAUAACCGGACUCAGUGUGUGGUUGUUGCCGGAGCCGAUGUGUUUCCUGAUCCCUGCCCUGGAACAUAUAAAUACCUGGAAAUCCAGUAUGAGUGUGUGCCAUACAUAUUCGUGUGUCCGGGCGCUCUGAUUGGUGUUUUGGAGGCAAGUUUGGUGCGGGAGGCGGAGCAUCAGUCAGGGGCAUGGUGUAAAGAUCCCCUGCAGGCUGCUGAUAGGUUGUAUGUAAUGCCGUGGACUCCAUACCGCACAGACACGCUGUACGAGUACGCGUCCUGGAAUGACUAUCGACAAAGCCGAGUCACCACGACCUAUAAGUUGCCGAGUCGAGUGGAUGGCACUGGGUUCGUGGUGUAUGAUGGCGCUGUGUUCUACAAUAAAGAACGAACUCGGAAUAUUGUUAAAUAUGACCUGCGAACUCGCAUUAAGAGUGGCGAGGCCAUUGUUACCAAUGCCAACUACCAUGACACAUCACCAUACCGCUGGGGAGGGAAGUCAGACAUUGACCUCGCAGUUGAUGAACAUGGCCUGUGGGUCAUCUAUGCCACAGAGGAGAACAAUGGAAGAAUAGUCCUCAGCCAGGUGAAUCCGUACACACUACGUUUUGAAGGCACGUGGCAAACAGGCUUUGAGAAGCGUAUGGCAUCGGACGCAUUUGUGGCAUGCGGCAUCCUGUAUGCUGUUCGCUCUGUGUACCAGGAUGAUGACAGCGAGGCGGGUGGGGAUUUUAUCCUCUAUGCCUACGACACACGGCGAGAAAGAGUUGAGCCUGUAAGCAUUGCUUUUCCCAACCCAUACCAAUACAUCUCCUCUAUCAGCUACAACCCUCGAGACAAUCAGCUGUAUGUGUGGAACAACUACAAUGUCCUGCGCUACCCUCUGGAGUUCAGACCUCCACAACCCACUGCAGACCCUCUCUCCACACCACUCCUGUCCUCCACCACUGCACUUGCUCCCAUCUCAUCCACAGUAUUUUUGGGCUUUAGUCCAAGCCCCCCUCUCUCAGUGACAUUUAACCCAGCUGGUUCAAAGAACCGGGGUCGGCCCAUCACGGCCUCAGUGCCUGUGACUUUGCGCCCACCGCGCCAGCCUCAAGGUCGCACACCUAUGUGUGAGGAACGAGUGAGCCGUGGUGUGCAGUGGCCCCAAACACCCCAUGGAGAGAAUGUCCAGAGACCCUGCCCAAAAGGAUCACUUGGCUUAGCCUCCUACCACUGUUUGGCUGAUGAGGUGGUGUGGAACCCCAGAGGUCCGGACCUUAGUAAUUGUACAUCACCCUGGGUCAGCCAGGUCGCUCAAAAGAUAAAGAGUGGGGAGAAUGCAGCACAUAUCGCCGCCGUGCUUGUCAAUUACACACGGGGACAGGUGUAUGCUGGUGAUGUCACUUCCUCUGUGCGUCUGAUGGAGCAGCUGCUGGACAUUCUGGACUUUCAGCUGCAGGCAUUACGUCCUGCUAACAAGGACUCGGCCGCACGCAACUACAAUAAACUUCAGAAGAGAGAGAGAACCUGCAGGGCAUUUAUUCAGGCCAUGGUGCAGAUAGUGGAUAAUCUUUUGAGCUUAAAGGCCUUGGACUCGUGGCAGGACAUGAACAUGACAGACCAGUCUCACGCGGCCACCAUGCUGCUGGACGUGAUGGAGAAAGGCUCCUUCCUGCUCGCCAACAACCUCUAUGAGGGGCGAUUUAGCGAGCGUGCACCCAAUAUCGAUCUGGAGGUCUAUGUCCUGAAUGCGGAUAUGGAGAUUGGAGAUCUGCACUUCCCAUACUCGUAUGACAGUGACAGCACCAUCCAUCUCUCUGAAGCUACAAUCAAACAGUACAGCCGAAAUGGUCAGGUGAAGGUGGUGUUUGCCCUUUAUAAAAAUCUCGGCCCUUUCCUGUCCACCCAAAAUGCCACGGUGAAGACAGAAGUGGAGCUGAAGUCAGGAGGGAGGACUCUGGCUGUCAAUUCCCAUGUCAUCUCUGCCUCCAUGAACAAAGAGUCCAGUCGUGUGUUUUUGACUGAACCUGUCAACUUCACACUCCGACACCUACAGCUAGAGAAUCACUUUGGGCCAAACUGUUCAUUCUGGAACUACUCGGAGCGCACAAUGAUGGGUCAGUGGUCUUCUCAGGGGUGCAGGCUGGUAUCCAGCAACAACACGCACACCACCUGCUCCUGCUCACAUCUCACCAACUUUGCUCUGCUCAUGAACCGCCAGACACCUGCUUACACGAGUGGUGUGCAGGCUCUCAUUCUGUUUGUCGUUUCCUGGGUGGGCAUGGUGAUUUCCCUCGUGUGUUUGGCUCUGUGCAUCUCCACCUUCUGCUGUGUAAAGGCUGUGCAGAGUGAGCGCACCACCAUCCACAAGAACCUGUGCCUCACACUCUUCAUCUCACAGCUCCUCUUCCUCAUUGGCAUGGACAGGACCCACUACACCGUGGCAUGUCCUGUGCUAGCUGCUCUGCUGCACUUCUUCCUGCUCUCUGUGUUCUGUUGGCUGUGUGUUGAGGCCGUUCAGCUCUAUGUACUGCUGGUCGAGGUGUUUGAGAGUCCGUCCUCACGCAGGAAGUACUACUACAUCGCUGCCUAUGGCUUUCCUACUUUGGUAGUGGCCAUAUCGGCCUCCAUCGACUACACCGGCUACUCCAGCCCCACCAGCUGCUGGUUGCGUGUGGAUAACUACUUCAUCUGGCUGUUUAUCGGCCCUGUCUCCCUUGUUAUCCUGCUGAAUCUGGUAAUCCUGAUGGUCACAGUGCACAGGAUGAUUCGCCAUUCUAACCUGCUCAAGCCCGACUCCAGCCGCUUCGACAACAUCAAGUGUUGGACGGUGUGUUCAGUCACUCUGCUCUUGUUGGUGACGUUAACAUGGAUCUUUGGCCUCCUGUUCAUCAGUGAGAACAGUGCACUCAUGGCCUACCUCUUCACAUCCUUUAACGCCCUGCAUGGUCUCUUUAUCUUCAUCUUCCACUGCGCACUGCAGAAGAAGGUUCAGAAGGAGUAUGCUAAAUGCUUCCGUCAGUCAUCUUGCUGUGGUCAUGCCACGUCUGGUGGUUCUCAUGGGUCCCUAAAGAGCUCUGCACACCGUGGAAACAACCGAUACUACAGCGGCGGCCAGUCGAGACACAAUCAAGUGCACAGACAGAGUCGUAUCCGGAGGAUGUGGAAUGACACAGUUCGCAGGCAGACCGAGUCUUCCUUCAUGGCUGACCUCAACAACACACCCACCCUCAACAGAGGAACUAUGGGGAAUCAUCUUCUGGCAAAUCCGGUGCUGCAGACUCGCUCUGGCUCCUCCCCUUAUAACACACUGUUGGCUGAAACGUUUAACCCGCCCUCACCAGCCGUCUUCAACUCCACCGAGGGCACUCUCUCCCGCAGUCGUGAGUCAUGUGGUUUGGAGCCUGUUCGUCUGAAUGGAAACUACAAUAACAGCUACUCGGUGCACGGUGGAAGUUCUGACCUCCUUGGCAGCGUUGCUGUGGGAGACGUCAGCCCUGCCCUUUUGACUCCCCGAGGAGCUGAGCCUCCAGGAGGUAUGAGGAGGAACCUGUCAGAUGCAGCAGCAUUGGAGAAGAUGAUCAUCUCUGAGCUGGUGCAGAGCAAUUUGCGUCCUGCUGUUGAUCGCUACAGCAACAACAAGGAUACAGAGGCGGAGUCACGGGAGUAUGUAAACACAGGGAUGGGUCACAGGGAGCCACCCCAACGUCCUCUUCCCCGCCCACCGCCACCACCUCCACAGGAUGAGGAAGAACCACUUUAUAAGGCUUUGGAGAAGCCCCGCCUUCCUGAGAAACCACGUGUUCCUGAUAAACCCCAUGUGCCAGAGAAGCCCCGCCUCUUGGAGCACACACAGUCAGUGUUCUAUCAGAGUGAGGAGGAUUCGGAAAGCUUUUCGGCUGAAAUUACAGACAGUGUGGGUGGUGUUGGCCCGGACUCCUCCUCCUUGUAUGCACGAGACAGAGACUCUUCCUAUCCUGACAGUAGCCCUGAGGGUUUGGGAACUGAGCCUCGUUCAGCCCUGCCCCCUGAUGAGUUAUACUUCAGCACAGGGAGACACGCCCAUGUCUCUGCCUUCUAUCAGCCCCCAUCACGCCGUACCAAUGAGGAAGGUCGGCUGGGGCUAGACUCCUCCCAUGGAGAAGGUGAUGGACAGAUGCAGCUAGUGACAAGUCUGUGACUAGGGCGCUGGUGACCAGGACAUGGAGCUCUAGGGGAGGAAGGAAGAGGAGUGAUAUCAUCAUCAUCAUCAUCAUCAUCCAUUUCUGUAGUACAGUACUACAGCUCUCUAGUUAGUAGUUUCGAACCUGUUUUGUAAGAAUAUCCUUGGUGAGUGAGCCAGAGCCAAACUGCUAAAGUUCUUAACUGGGCAUUUUCAACUUUGUUGCCAUUUCCCACCCAUGUGCUGAUACACAUCCUCGAAAACAUAUAAAGACAGCCACUACAAUUUUUCAAACUAUUCCUCAGAUAAUGUCAUUGGCCAUGAGUCCAGUACCAAAGGUUUCAGUAGUUCCAGUAGUGUGGUUAAUGGUACUCCUCAUGGCUGGCAUCAACAGAAACUAACGGCACUUGGGGGUGUGGCUAUCCCCACUGUUUGGCGAUUGGCUCUGUAUUGGUUUUGAGACCAGGGCUUGGUCGGUGGCAUAGAGGUCCAAAUCUGUAGAUUGCAAGGUUCAAUCACAAGCUUUGGGUCUUUGUUGUGGGGUUUUCUGUUUUGUCCACAUGGGUGUCCUCCAGCGUCCUUCUGCCUUUCAUCACAUACAAGGUUGUUUGAGGAUUGGCAUCUGCCAAUUUCCACUAGAUGUGAGUACUGGUUUGUGAUUGACUGGUAUACCAUACAGUGGGUGGUCCUGACUUGAAAUCAGAUUUACUACCACUCAAAAAAAUGAAUCAACAAACAAAUUGACUUAAACUGCUUUGUCCAAUGAGUUGGUUAGUUAACUAGAUGACACAGAAGCUUUUUCCAUUCCAGAAGCUGGUGGGAAUCAAACUGGAACAAGAAUCUAAAGAACCUUUUUUUGCUGGUACAGUAGAACAGCCAAGUACUGGCAGAGUUAUGUUUCGUCACUAAUCCAUGCCAUGGAUAAAACAAACCAUAACUGAUUAUUUCCAAAGGCACAAUUGUGGAACAAGGCAGGGGUUGAUUUGUGGUAUGUGAUAAACACCCUGGAAAAGCACAUUUACUAUGAACCUGGUGGUGAUGAUGAUGUGAUGAUGAUGAUGAUGAUGAUGAUGUGAUGAGUAGACAAAGGAAACAACCAAGAAGAAGGUUAUGAUGGCUUCCUUCUCUGGGUUUCUGUCUCCUGGUCACCUCCACACCCACCCUGCACAUCUUCACUGCCAUUCAUCAACUCUCUCUCUCUCUCUCUCUCUCUCUCUCUACUGUAUAUUUGUCCAUCAGAUAUAUCCAUCUGUCUGUCGCUUCCCAUAUUUCUGUCUCGUUUUCUUGCUUGGCCUUCCUGUAUCCCCCCCCCCUCUCUCUCUCUCUCUCUCUCUCUCAGGGUGGAGUGUUGGAUUUGUAUCUUGGUUCGUAUUUGAUGUAUUGUUUGUUUGUUUCCUGUCCUUAAACUCCUUUCAGAAGAAUGUGACGCCUUCUCCAGAGACAACAGAACAAAAACUUUUGACAUUGCCAAAAAACCUUUUUAAAGGGAGCACACACACACACACACACACACAGACUUAUUUCUUCAUUUCUCAGUGUUCACACUGAAAGGCCUUCCCCGGAGGUCAGGGGUCAAACAUUAUUUAUGUCAGUAAGGCCAUGACCUCAACCAGGGAUCCAGAAUGUGGUCUGCUUGGUUCAUUUUGCUGCAACCUGUUUGGACUUCUCGGUACCAUGGACCUCAGACAUGCCCCUGGGGCCUCAACCAAUCAGCUUCUUGGGUUUAGAGACAAGCAAAGCUCACGACUCUGCCCCUUUUUCUAGACUCGACAAGGAGGCAUGAGCAGUCCGUUGUCCUGUAUCUGGUGUAAAUAGCAGUAAGAGAAUGAAAGUUUGAGAAACUGCUUCUUGUAAUAUCUACAAAUGUUACAAACAAAAGGAAACAAAAUCACGUAAAAGGAUGUGUAGAAGACCUGAAUGAUGUUCUAUAUCUUUCAUUAAUCUCUCCCUCUGUCUCUCUCUCUCUCUCUCUCUCUCUCUUCCCCCUUCUUCUAUCUUCUUCUGUCUUUCCUCCCUUUUUGCUCUUCCUCUCUGAGAGGGUGACAGAAGGAUGAGAUUGUGUUAAAGAGAUAGACAAGAAAUGUGUUUUUAUUAAAAAAUAAAUAAAUAAAACAAA